AUGUCUUCUCAAUAUUUUGGUCCCAUCCUCCUCCUCCUUCUGGUCCUCUUCCUCGUCACCCCAACCGACGCCUGGAGGGAGAAGAAAGAUAACAUCACGACGCACUUCGUAGUGACCGGAAAACUCCAUUGCGACUGGCCAAAGGAAAACGAGGAUCAGGCGAAAUACGUGAAAUGGGUCGAGUUGUGGGAGAGUGACAGUGCUCUCGGCGAACGAUGGAACGACGAUCAUUUGACACAGAAUUUGACAAUGUACUAUGAUAGGUACCCGAUCGAGUUUCGAAUUGAGGCUGUGGAUCAUGGAGAUGGGUUUAUUGGUAAUGACUGCUACGAGCUCUACCUCCGUAUCCAACACAACUGUGCACCCCAAGUCAACAUUGAGAUCAAAGACGAGGAGAUCACUCCGUGUACCCCUGUUCGAGACGGAACAUUUGAGAUCUACAAAUCGAUCGACGUCACCAGAAUUGUAUAA